UUCAGACAACCAAUGGUCAAUUGUUCUUCCAACGCAAACAAGAGAAUGGAACAUUAAAGAUGGUGAUUUACAUGAUAUACCUCUCGGAGAAGAACUUGUCACAUUCACCGCAAUAGAAGAUAAUGACGAAGUUGAUGAUGAUUGUAUUUGUUUCCGUGAAAAUGGUGAAGGAUUGUGGGUUGAUGAUAAUGGGUCUUGAGAUGGAGGCUGAUCCUUUUGGUGGUAGUUCUGAUGAGGGAGAGCAACGCCCUAAUUCUCAGUCAGUGGAGCAAGAAAAUAAAUCUGUGAGAGGACGUACAUGGAUGUCUAGAAACACCAAAAAAAGGAGUGAAGGACAUCUUACUCCUGUUGAAUACAAUGAGUAUGGUCAACUAGUGGGUGGAUCUAGAAGUAAUGUUUCAUCACAGCUUGGAUCAGUUGUUCGAGCAACUGUGUCCAUCAACAUUAACAGUUGGAAAGAUGUUAGUGUGGUGGAUAAAAAUAAAAUAUGGGACACAAUGAAGAAAACUUAUGAUUUGGACCCCAAACAAAAGCAACAGAUGUUGAAGGAUGCGGGAAAGUACUUCCGAAAUUGGAAGACUAAUCUUACUAGGGUACACGUUUACGACGCUUUGAAAAAAUACCCAAAUGAGUUCCCGCCAGCUUUGCCAUUUGGAUUUGAGAAUGUCAUAACUCCGGAUGAAUGGUUAGCGUUUGUGAACUCAAGAUUAACUCCCGAGUGGCAAAGAAAGAGAGAGGAGAUGCAAAAUUAUCGAGCACUGAAUAAAUACAAUCACAACCUCUCUAGAGGAGGCUAUGUGCGUAUUGAAGAGAUGUUAAUGGAACAAAGUGGGAAAAGUCUGACUGAACUUGAUAGGGCAGAUUUAUGGAGCAUGGGUCGUCGGAAUGCAAAAGGAGAGCUAAUUGGAGAGGCCUCUGAGAUUCAAAAAAAUAUUGAUCAUUACCGGCAACUCCAAGCUGAGGGUAAAUGGGCACCUGAUGGCCCUGAUGAUGUGCUGACGAGGGCGUUGGGCACUCCUGAGCCUCGAGGACGUGUUAGGGCUGGAGGACACGGUGUGUCCCGCUCAGUAUAUUGGAAUACUCCAACACCUACCUCAACGAAAAAUAAAUCAAAAGCCUCUUCUUCGAAUGACGACAUUAGAAAGGAAUUUGAAGAAAGAUUUCGAAAACAAGAAGAAGAGCAUCGUCAACAAGCACAACGCCUAGAAGAGCGCCUUCAACAACAAGAUGAGCUCUUGAGAAAAUUAUUGGCCCAACAGAGCGGGUCAGGAUCUAACGUUGGAGUCCCACCAGCGCCAUCAUCAUACUAUGUGCCCGACCCACCAGUGCCACCAGCGCAGGCGUCCUACUAUACUCCGGACCCAGUAGUGCCUCAAGCAGAACACCACAUUGUUGCACUACAACCGCUUUUGCAAGAGGGCCGAGCAUGCCAAUUAGCAAUUGGUUCGGUUUCAAACAUUGUUGCAUCAGGUACACUCAUUGAAAGAGAGGCAGGCAACAACUUCCAAGUUAUGAUUACGAGUGUUCUUAAAACUUUAUCAAAGAUGUCGGUCAGAAGGUCAGCACGCACCAAUGCCAAUGCCUCCAGUGUCACUCCUGAGACUUAUGAAGCCCCUCUAGUUCGAAGAAGGGGAAGGCGUGCAACCAAUGCUACUACUAAUGAAAGUGCGCUGCCACCGGUUGACAACACUGCAGAAAUUGUCAGACUUCAACAGCAAGUGGAGGAAUUACUGCAGUAA